GACGGCACGGUCCGGGGCUCUGAUUGGCUGUCGGGCGGGAGACCCCGCCCCGGACGGCGCGUUACGCAGCGCGGCGGUUGGCGGCGGCGGCCCGGCGGCGGAGUAGCAGCGACGCGCUUGGGGACCGGGAGGUGCCGGGCGAGCCCGGUUGUGCGACCGCAGCAUGUCGGAGGGCGAGUCCAAGCAGGUGCCGAGCGGCGGCUCCGACUCAAAGCCGGAGUCCGCGUCGUCCGGCCCGGGAAUGACCUCAGUGUCUGCGUCGGUGACUUCCGCGGCGCCCCCGGAGGAGGAGGAGGAGGAGGAGGAGAGCGAGGACGAGUCUGAAAUCCUCGAGGAGUCGCCGUGCGGCCGCUGGCAAAAGCGACGCGAGGAGGUGAAUCAGCGCAAUGUCCCAGGGAUCGAUAGUGCCUACCUGGCCAUGGAUACAGAGGAAGGUGUGGAAGUUGUUUGGAAUGAGGUUCAGUUCUCUGAGCGGAAGAACUUUAAGCUUCAGGAAGAAAAAGUUAAAGCGGUGUUUGACAACUUAAUUCAGCUGGAACAUCUGAACAUUGUGAAAUUUCACAAAUACUGGGCUGAUGUGAAGGAGAAUAAGGCCAGGGUGAUAUUCAUCACUGAAUAUAUGUCUUCAGGGAGCUUGAAACAGUUCCUGAAGAAGACAAAGAAAAACCACAAAACUAUGAAUGAAAAGGCCUGGAAGCGAUGGUGUACCCAGAUCCUCUCUGCUCUCAGCUACCUCCACUCCUGUGAUCCCCCAAUCAUCCAUGGUAACCUGACCUGCGACACCAUCUUCAUUCAGCACAACGGACUGAUCAAAAUUGGGUCAGUGGCACCGGACACAAUUAACAACCAUGUGAAGACCUGUCGUGAGGAGCAGAAGAACCUGCACUUCUUUGCCCCAGAAUAUGGAGAAGUUGCCAACGUCACCACUGCUGUGGACAUUUACUCCUUUGGCAUGUGUGCACUGGAGAUGGCGGUGCUGGAAAUACAGGGUAAUGGAGAGUCAUCUUAUGUGCCCCAGGAGGCCAUUAACAGUGCCAUCCAGUUGCUGGAGGACCCCUUGCAGAGGGAGUUCAUUCAGAAGUGUCUAGAACAGGACCCUGGCAAGCGUCCUACUGCCCGGGAGCUCCUUUUUCAUCAAGCAUUGUUUGAGGUGCCAUCACUAAAGCUACUGGCUGCUCACUGUAUCGUUGGACAUCAGCAUAUGAUUCCUGAAAAUGCUUUAGAAGAAAUGACCAAAAACCUUGACAUGAGUGCAGUGUUGGCAGAGAUUAAUCAUGUGGACAGGGAAGGAGUCAAGAUGAUCUUCUCACAAUCUCCAGCAUUGGAGCUGGACAAGUUCCUGGAGGAUGUAAGGAAUGGUAUCUACCCCCUCACAGCUUUUGGGAUGCCACGACCCCAGCAACCCCAGCAGGUAGUGGUGAAAUCUCCCAUUGCUCCACCAUCAGUGAAAACCCCAACUCCAGAGCCUGCUGAGGUAGAGACCCGCAAGGUGGUGCUGAUGCAGUGCAACAUUGAGUCAGUAGAGGAGGGCGUGAAGCACCAUUUAACACUGCUGCUGAAACUGGAAGACAAGUUGAAUCGACACUUGAGCUGUGACCUGCAGCCGAAUGAUAACAUCCAGGAGCUGGCAGCUGAACUGGUCCAGCUUGGAUUCAUCAGUGAGGCUGACCAGAGCAGACUUACCUGUUUACUUGAAGAGGCAUUCAGCAAGUUCUACUACACCCGGAAUGGAGCCCUGACGGCAGUGACUGUGUCAUCUUAGCACCCCUUGGCUCCCAGGCGGCCAGUGUGGCUUUGUUGCCUGUGACCCCUUCUGUGUCUGUCCAUCACUGUAGGGCAUCAGCAAGACCCCAGCUGCAGUGCUUGGAAGCUCAUCCUGCAUGUGCCAUGGCUGGGCUCAGCGACAAUCCUCCCUGCCCGCCUAUUAAAGGGGACUUUGCGCAUCAGUAUUAUUUCCAGCCCUGUUUUUGUUGGGAUUUUGCCAGGUGGUGCCAGGGAGCCGGGUCCUGGCUUGGGGUGUUCUGUAGCCCCAUUCAUGUGCAUGGAGUUUGUUCUGUUUGAGUUGUACAAAGUGUCUUUUGCACAGCACAGAAAUUUUUUCUUUUUUCUUUUUUUCUUUUUUUUUUCUUCUUUUUUUUAAUUUAAAGGUAAACGGGGGGGGAGCCCCUAAGCCCUGUCCCCUCUCUGCACCCUACUCUGCCUCUGGCAACAGUCACUACCCUUCUUCCUGGGCAGAGGGAGCCAGGGGUGGCUGGGCUCCCACAGCACCUGCCUGGCGCUUUGCCUGCCUCUUCUGCUCCCCUUUGGCUGCACUUUGUUUACUUGUUUUGCACAGCCGCUCAGCCCUGCCCCUCGGCAUGCACUGUAGGUGCAGGGCUGCGGUGGGUGCUGACACUGGGCUGUGUCCCCUGCAGCCUCCUCGAGCCCAGCGUGGCCCGUCCCGCCCUGCUCUCCCUUUGCACCAUGGGUCGCUGCGGGCAGCCCGGGGCUCCUGGGACAAGCGGCCCCGGCUGCCCCGCGUCCCGGUGGCAGCGCCGGGACCUGCCCUCGCGGUUCCACCCCCCCCCCCCCUUCCCGUCCCGGGGUGCUUGGCGGGGCUGAGCCCGUGGCUCCGCACGCCUCCGCGGGGCUGGGCGUAGCGCCGCUCCUGCAUCUCAUUUCUAUCAUUUCCUAUUUUUAAUAAACUGUUUUGUAAA